UCCCUUUAAGCCCUGCAUGUUUGUUAGCUCCACUCUAGCACGAGUUUAUCCCAAAGGAUUUGUUUAUCAAAACGUGCUGGCAGUGGUUUUGCAUCUCAAGCCUGCAGUUCUUAUAAAGAAACAAACACAAUUCACAACACUGACUAAACUGAAAACAAUGAUCCAAGUAAAAAACACUACAAUGUAUCCCUGACAAAGAAAAACUUUGAGAUGUUUGAAACUUUACCUAUGUAGAGAACUUUUCUAAUAAAAAAAAACAUGGCUGCAGUCUUACUUCAGGCGGUCCUGCUGUAGUUAUGGAUCAGGUCUCAUCAGCUCAGGUUUCCUGCAAGGCUUUCGACACUCACAACGUCCAACUCUUCUGGAUUCACACGCUCUAAAUAUAGCUGCCUUCAAGUCAGACAGACUGCAGGAGACACUGCUGUGAAACAACACGAGGACUUAAGGAUUUUUUUUUCGUCCACAGUUUCUGUCUUUGUUGGCCUUCAUGAACCCAAGAUUAUAGAACUGAUGGACCGACAGCCCCGUCUGGAUCAAAGGGUGGACUAGUUUGUUGUGAGGAAUCCAGAGACUUUAUGUCAGUAAUGUAAUCUUAAUCCCCAGAUAUACUUCUCUGCAAAUUCACAUCAAGAAAAGUUCUUUUAAUUUCCAGCAGCUGGAAGAAAUGUUAUGCCACUGUCUUCUUUUAGUCGGCCUCAGUCUUUUCGUGUCUCGGUGUGAUGGCGGCUGUUCGGAGGUGGACUCCAUGACCGAAGCUGUGGCAGGAGAAGGAUUCCUGUUGGGUUGCAUCUCCUGUAAGAGACGAGAGGAGGUCCCUGCCAGAGCCACUGUAGACUGGCACUUCAGACCGCUGGGAGAGGAGGAGGAGGAGGAGGAGGAGGUGGAGGAGGAGAAGUUCAGGCAUAUUUUCCACUAUGACCACCCCUCGGCCGACAUCCUCCAUAAAGAUUUCAAUGAGCGCCUGGAGUGGCACGGGACGAAAAACACGGAUAUUCAGAUAGGAGCCAUUUACAUUACUAACGUCACCUUCAAUGACACGGGGACAUACCGCUGCACCAUCCACCGCACGCUCUUCCUGCCCCAGUACAACCAGCAUGUCACAGUGGAGAAGGAGGUGGAGCUCAGCGUGGUGCCUGUGGCCAAUAGGGAGCUGACGUCGGUGAUCUCAGAGAUUAUGAUGUACGUGCUGAUAGUGGUUCUGCAGCUGUGGCUCGUCGUUGUUCUUGUCUACUGUUACAAGAAGAUUUCAGAGGAGCACGAGGCUCGGGAGGCCCGUAAAGCUCUCAAAGCUCAGGCGGAACUCAUAGAAUCAAAAGACAACUGUGACGGGGUGCAGCUCGAGUAAAAGCCUGGUAAACCACAAGUCAUCUCUGCAAGACUCAAGCUUCACUGCUGCAUCAUGAUUCAAAACUCCUGUAAUGGAGGUUGAUUUGGAUUUUUUUUAUUUGUGUGAUGCUCAUUUGUGUAUGCAACGUUUACAGUUAUGUGUGAAUACAAGCUGAAGGUGCAGAAGACAGCAGGCAGAUUUCCCCUUAGAUUUACUAGACCUGUUGUCUCUUCGAUGUCCCAUGAGACAACAAUGACUCGCAUUACUUGUUUGUGGAUUUGAAUAUAAAGCUUUCAAUCCAAUGAACUUUUCUUUUUUAUUCCAUCGUCAUCUAUGAUAUGUGAUUUUCUUAGUACAGAAAAAAUGACAAAUUAUUUAAUCAGAAAAAAAGGAAAUCAGAUAAUGUCUAUAAUUAUAACUAACCCAAUUAUAAAUACACUUUUUCACUUUUUGUAAAUGUUUGACGGAGUAUAAACACCUUCCAAUAAUAAUAACGAGGCUGCAGAAUCUUUGUAAGUGUUUGAAAUAGUGCGGACAUGAACAGAUCAUCAGUUUCCAAAUGGCUGAAGAAUCGAUGAACCGUCUGUCGAUGAUCUGAGCAAAUUAUUCAGGAAAGACAACUGCAUGAAAAAAUAUUUUAAAACAUCCCAUCAAACAUUGAAUUUAUUGGUAUGCCUCAGCUUCACAGACUGCUCUCCGGAUCUCAGGAAAUCUGUGUCUUUAAAGUGAUGGAUUUCAAACUACAUAAAUCGAUAAGUCAGAUGGUUUUAGGUAACAUAGUCUGUGAGUGUGCUGGGUUAUAUGAAGACGGGUCCUUUGAGGAUAUUCAUGUACUCGGUUUUUAAUUCUCUUUGAAAAAGAAGAACAUACAAAUCAAAUGUGUAACGAUUGACCAAUGUCAUGUCUUAAAAACUGCCAUAUGAGAUUUCUUCACUUUCACUUUAAGAGUCUCUUGGGAUCUGAGCGCUCCUGAAACCUUGAGAUUUUUAAUGUGGGCUGUGACAUCACAUCCAAGCCAGCUUUAGUGAGCCUUAAUCCUGAGCAGCAUGUCUUAAUUUAGCUGUGUGAAAAUGUAAAAAAAAAAAAAA